UGCAACGCCUUAACAAAUUUUUGCAGUUUUCGUGCGAUUUUUUGAAGAAAAAUCAAUUAUUUCCAUUUGAAAUUAUUCAAUUUUAAAUAAAACACCAGUUAAAUUUGCUUUUCUAAUAAGCAAAAUCAAAUAUCAAAAGAAAAAAUGACACUUUUGAAAACUUAAAUUGGUGUUGGAAAUUGACGAUCACUAUAUAUAUUACAUGUAUUAUUCGUAUUUCAAGUUUUUACAUCUUCUAAUUCUGUGGAUGAUCAAGUGUAUUUGCGAAUGUUAUUUAACACUGCAUUUCUUUAUUAUUAUUUUUUUUAAAUUAUUCAUGAUUUUUGGAAUAAAUUGUUUGCAAGAAUAUUGCUUGAGGCGCGAUAUCGGCCUUAACCUAUUACGCGGCUCUACUAUAUAACCAUGACAAAGGGUGGCAUCAUCACUCUCGGGGAACAAGCAGACAUCAGCGACCGAGCCGCAACUCUUCAUAUGACGCCAUUUUAUUAACCUUUUCGGCGCGGAUCGCGACGAGGCAGUCGUAUAUCAGUUUGCAGUAGUUUAUCAUCGAGAGUGGAAGUUUUCCCAGCAUCUCUCAAUUCAAGUUUCAAUCUUUGAAAUUGAUCACGUGAAAACGAAAUUCAAAUUUCGUUCAAAGGUGACGCUGCUAAGGCAGUGGCCGAUAUUAUGGAAGAUGAAGAUACCGAGUGUCGAGUUAUGGACAAUUGGUCGGUUUUGGAAGAUUUGGAAUAUAGAAAUUCAACAAUUGACGAUACAAUAACACAUUUUAAUAAUAUUAAUUCGUACACGGAUGGUAUUGAUGAACGUGACGAUCAGUGCCAUACAAUUUGUCCUCAAGAUUCAUUAAUUAAAAAAUCUGAUUUAAAUACCAAAAUUGUUUUCAAAGGUUUUAAAAAACGAAUUCUCGCUCAAACACAAGAGAAUCAAAAUAGUUUAAAAAAAUCAUUUACACAUCAUCAUUCAAGAAAAAUAAAAGAGAAAAAAGAAAAAACUGGAAAAGUAAAUGAAUACGCUCAAUAUUUAGGUUUACAACCAUCAUUAAAUUACGAUCAUCCUUCAUAUAAUUCACAUCAUCAUCAUCAUUAUUCUGAAUCAACAUUAAAUUCCCAACGAAGUCAUAAUUUAAAUUCAAAAAAAUCAACAAUUUGCUACAAGUGCCAUUUAGAGAAACAAUCGACGAAUUUUUUAGGGAAAAAACAAAUUUGCACUUGUUCAACGACAAUGAUUCCAAUACAAGGAAUUGCAAGUACAUCUGAUUUGCCAUCAUCACAAUUAUCAAAUAAAUUUAAAAUACAACGUAAAGUUUAUCUUUGCUCGGCGUGUGGUACUUAUUUUGAAAAUUGGAAUUUAUAUCUUCAUAUGAAGGACAUUCAUCAACGACAUUUGUGUCUAUUUUGUUUAGGAUUAUUUGAUCAUGCCGAAAGACUUUCUCAUCAUUUAAUGAAAAAUCACAGUAUCCCCGAUACAUCAUUUACAUCUGUUGAGGAAUUUUAUCAAAUAUUUAAAGGAUCAUGUUAUUUAAUUUGUUGUAGCUGUGAAAAAGUAUUCACUGAAAAGGACAAUUUUUAUAAUCAUUUUUGCACAUCACCGCAAAAAAUGCAAAUAACAAAGAAUGUGUGUUCAAUUUGUAGACAAGUUGAUGGUAAUCAUAUGUCAACAUGUGGUUUAGCGCCAAAUUCCGAUAGUGAAGUGAAUUUAACACCUGGCAGUCCGGAGGAUAUUGUUUCUCAUAAAAAUAAAUUAUCCAAUAAAUGUGGUGGGAAAAAAUUCACAAGAAUCAAUAGGCUAACAAAUUUGAGUGAAAAUUUAGUUAAUCAUUUUCAAAAUAAAAAAAUUGAUAAUGAGAGUAAAAAAAUUAAAUGUCAAAAUCGAGAAAUUAGAAAUGAUGCGCUAAGCGAAACGGAAGUGCCAACGAAUUCAACAAGAGAUACUGUAGCCGAGACGAUAAUGGAAGUUUCAAGGUAUGUUGGAGAGACGGACAGCAAUGAAAAAGAAGAAAAAGGAAAAGAAAAGUCAUCUGAUUCUGAAGUAUCAUUGGAAAAUGUUCAGAAAAAAUACGAUAGUUAUACGGAAACAAUAAUGGAAGUAUCGCGUGUUGGUAUUGGUGAAAAAUCUCUAAUUCCCGAACAAGAUGAAGAGGACGUAGAGGAUGAGGAGGAUGAAGAAGCAGAAGAAGAAGAAGAAGAUGAUGAUGAUAAUCCUUCAAAAAGUAUCCUAAACGAUACAACAAAUCCAAUAAGUGACGAAAGUAAAGAAGACGAAAUUAAAUCAUCAAAUCCAAAAAAUGAAGAUGACGUAAGAUUGAGUCCAAAUUUAGAUAUUGAAAAUAAUCACGAAACACAAAAUAAUUUAGAAAUUAAUUCAGCAUCAAAUAGUCCAGUUAGUAGUCCCUCGAAUCGAUCUCUUUUCAGUCCACAAAAUCAAUUAAUCAAUGAUUCAAAAACCGAGGAGGAAACUCCAGAACCGAGAAUCAAUGAUUAUCAAUCAUUUAAUACGGUGACAAAAACCGAUAGAAGUUUAGUUAUAAAGAUUUGUACAAAUAAAAAUUCACAAUUUUCCAUUGCUCCACGAAUUGUUGAGAAUCCCGAGUCAGAGGAGAAUAAUAAUCGAGAAUCAUCAGCGUCAGAGGAGAAAAGUUCCGAGAGAGGUAGAGAUAGUCCUGAUUUUCAUUUAAAUGAAUGUGACGACAGUGAUGAUAGUGAAAAACUUGCUGUUGUUGAUAAUAAUGAACAGGAAUCAAAAUUAAAUAAUGAAGAUGAAAAAAUAGAAAUUCCCGAGAAAGAAAAACAAAAAGAUGGAAUAAUUCUCGCUGGUGAGGAUAUUCCAUUUAUUGAAAUGAACGUUGAGGAUAUACCUGAGAAUAUGAAUUCACAGGAUUUACUUCGUAAGUGCAUUGAAGCUGCGAGCUUUUUUUGUGUUUAUUGCAAUCAUGCAAGGCAAAUUGCAGUUAAUGGUAAACAACUUGGUCUUCAUUUAUUAAGUGAACAUCGUUUUCAACCACAGCAUCCGGCAAUUAUUCUCAAUUGUGAACAAAUAAUUGUGAAAAUAAAAAAAUCUCUAAACGAUCUUGAAUCGCAGUGCUUCAAUUUUGAUUCCUAUACAUCUGAGAAAGGUACAUACAACAUCCCAAAUCCAAGAACAUACGAAUGCUUUCACUGUAGACAUUAUUCACUUCUACAUAAGGAUAUUUAUCUUCAUAAUCGAAAAAUGCACCAAAAGACAAUUCUCAUUUGCAUAAUGUGUAAAUCAUCAUUUUACAAUUACAGCGAAUUAUUAUGUCAUUUAUGUCCUGGUGUUUAUUCACCAAACGAAAAUGUUAAAUACAGAUGCUGCCUCUGUCCACUCAAUAAUAUUCCAUCAGCAUUUCGUCUUAUGGUUCAUCUUAGAAAAAAACAUCACACAUGCGAUGUUUGUUUAGAAUCAACUGGAAAUCAACAAAAACUCUCGAAUCACGUUUGGAAACAUAAACUCCAUCAUCUUUGUUAUCGUUGUGGCAUUGCUUAUAGAAAUAAACCAGAUAUUACAAAACAUUUAUUUUGGAAACACGGUACUGAAAGUGUUCUUUGUAAAAAGUGUUUACAAAAAAAAUGGCCACACGUCUAUCAUUUUUGCAUUCCACCAACUGCUUUUGUUUGCGAAGAAUGUAAUUCAAAUUUUUCACGUGCAGUCGCAUUAAAAGUUCACAAAAGAUUACAUUCUGGCGAUUUACCUUAUGCAUGCACUGAAUGUGCCGAGAGAUUUAUAUCAAAAAAAUUAUUAAUAAAACACGAGGAAAUACAUAAAGAGCCAAUUGUUAUUGAAGAAAUAACACCAGUGAUUGAGGAAAUAAAAGAAAUUGAAAAACCAAAUGAGGAAACAGAAAAAACCAGUGAUGAUAAUUUAAAAAAGAAAAAAGAAGACGAAAUAAAAGAACCGGUGAAAAAAGUUGAUGUCUACGAUUUACCACCUUUAAAUUUAUCAUCCGACAGUGAUAGCGACGAUGAGAAACAAAAGUCUGAUGAAAAAAUGGAAAAUAAAAUCGAGAUGAAAUCUCCUAUUUUUCAUCUUGAUUUAUUGGAUGAUAAAUUGGAACCAAAGAAUGAUGAAAUUAUACAAGAAACAGUAACGCAAAUUGAUAAUAUCGUUGAUGUUGAAUUAAAUGAAGAGGAAAAAAAAGAAGAAGCACAAAUAAUGGAUGGAAUAUGGGACAAUUUUAAAACAUAUGCAGCGAGUCUUGGUAUUCAAGAUUCUUCAAUUCCAGCAAAAGGAACAGACACCGAUAUCGAAUUUCUCAAAUCAGUUAUUCUCGCCGAUCACGAUUAUUGUACUAUUGAAAAAUCAUUAACCGAGGAACAUCAUAAAGCGCGUAGUAAAACACCCGAAUUACCCAAGAAUGAAACACCGGAAAUAAAAACCGGUUAUGAACAAGAGGCAAAUAGAAAAAAAUUGAAGGCAACGAAAAAAAGAAAAAAAAACGAUUCAUCAUCAUCGAGUGAUUCGUCAAGUGAUUCCGAUUCAAGUAGCUGUUCAUGCGGUAGUAAUUGUAGUUGUUCAUCAUCAUCGGGAAGUUCCUCAAGUUCAAGUUCAACUUCCGAUUCAGAUAGUUCAACAUCAACGAGUUCGCCAAAAAAGAAAAAGAAAGAAAAAACAAAAUCCGAAUCAAUUGAAAUAAAAGAAAUACAAGAGGAAAAUGGUCCAAUUGAAAUAAUUGAACCCAGUGAACCACAACAGCCAACAAUGAGAGAAUCCGAUCUUGAGACAAAUGAAUCUGAGACUGAUGAAGAUUUUUAUGAUGAGCAUCCACAAUUGGCAAAUAAAAUUCUUGCCGAAAAGAAAAAUCAAUUUAUCCCACCUGAAACAUUAAAUAAUGGAACUAUUUUCGAAACAUCGCAAGAUAUGCAAAAUCCAACAAAAAAGAAAGUCAAAACAAAAAAACGAAAAAAAUCCGAUAAGGGAAAAAAAAUAGUCGAAUCAAUUAAACUCAACAUUCCCAAAUCAUUCUAUCAAAAUAAACCCGGUCCACAUUCAUCGCCAUCAGUUAUCACUGUUAAAUCAAGAUCAUCAACACCAAAUAUUAAUCAAUCAACGCCAAAAUUAAAUAUCAAUAAUGAAACAGAAAAUAAACGAUCGUCAAAAAGAAAACGUAUUCCAAAACGUUUUUAUGGUGAUUCAAGCGAUGAAGAAAAUGAAAAACAAAUACAAUCAAAAUGGAGAAAAGUUGAACCAUUGAUAUUUAGUCCAAUAUCAAAAAUACAAACGCAAAAAAUUGUAACACCACCAUUUGUUAGUACAACAUUAACAUUAAAACGUACGGCAAAUAAUUAUAAAAUUGAAGAACCAAUAGCAACACCAAUUGUCAGUGCAAGUGAUUCAGAUGAUGAACCAGCAGAUGAAAGUAGCAGUGAUUCUGAAUCUGAUAAUGAGCCAAGAGCACAAAUUCAUGUACCACAACAACAUCCACCAACAUCUGAACGUGCAACAAAUUUAUAUUGCUAUUGUCAAUGUCCAUAUGAUGAAGUUUCGGAAAUGAUUGCCUGCGAUGGAAGUGAUUGUCGUAUUGAAUGGUUUCAUUUUGAAUGCGUUGGAAUAAUGGUACCACCAAAAGGUAAAUGGUAUUGUCCCGAUUGUAGAAAGAGGCUCGGUAUUCUUGACAAUUAUGAUGAGAUCACUAACACAACAUAGUCGUGAUCAUAUCAUCACGAUAUUAAUCGUGAAAUAUUAAGGGACUACUUAAAUUUUUCUAAUAUUAAUAUUAAUAUUAUUAAUAUAAUAAUAAUAAUAAUAAUAAUAAUAAUAAUAACAAUAACUACAUUAUUACCAAGCUCAUGCGCUUCUAGGCAAAAGGCACAUGAAUAUUUCACCAAAAAAAAAAACGAAUUUUCCAGAAAGAAAACUUAAAAUUUGAAUAUAGAAAAAAUGUUAAAUUAAUUUAAUAUUAACUUCGUAAACAAAAUUUGAAAAAAAAAGUUCGAACUAAAUUUUUGUUCUUUUUUUUUUUGUUUCGCCGAAUAUUACAUUAUGUGAAAAUUUUUUCUUUCGUAAAUUAUUGAUUCAGUGAAGAAAAAAAAAAUUGAUGAUUAAUUGUAUCUGUUCAAGGAAAUAUUAUUGUUUUCAGAAAAAUGUUUCUCGAAUUAAAUUUUUUAUUUAAAUUGUCUAAAAAAAAUGAAAUAAAAUAUUGACGAAUAUUUAAACGAAAUUCAUAGUAUAAUGAUAGUAAAAUGAAAAGAGAUUUUUUUUUUUAAUUUUCUGAAGGUUAGAUUUAAUUAAUUGAUGUGAAUUUUUAUUUAAUGUGAAUUACUAUGAAAUGAAAAAUUUAA